GCGGAAGGCGCCAGCCAGAGCCGGCCCCGGCACGUCAGCGCCGCCCGGCCCCGAGCCCGCAGCCAGCGCCGCCCAUCGCUCCCUGGGCGCCGCCUCAGAGGCUUAAAGAGCGGCCCCCGCCGCCGCGCCGGCCAGCGUGAGCCCGCCGCGCUGCCCCUGCCCCGCCACCGUCUCCUCAGGUCUGCAGAAGUUUUCUUCCUCUCUGAACACUAACAGGAGACGAUAUAUUUCUGCUUUGCAUGAAGAGACGUUUUUGUAAUGUGUGCAGUUGCUGUUCCCAGACCUGGUGGGGAAGGAAAUAAUGGACACCAUAGGAAGUUUUUUUUCCUUUUUGUUUUUGGAGUUGCAUUGCUAUGCACUGGAUUUCUGCUUUCAGUCUUUAUUUUACAGACGUGUCCAUCUGGAACCUUCAGUGAUUGCAACAGGGCCCUUAAGAUUGCUGGGCCUGUGAUUGUUGCUGUUGGAUUAGUUUGUGUCUUACUGGCACAAUCAAGAGUUAGGCUAUACCUAAGUCAGAGACAGAUGCAAGGUGAGCAGGUGUACAGCCUCAUUUUUUGUCAAGGGAACUGUCAGUUUGCCCAGUUUCUUAUCUUUGGGUUUUUGUUUUUAACUAGUGGAGUGCUAAUUAGUUUCCUGGGCAUUUGGGUUCCUGGAUGUAGCCCAGGAAGACACAACCUACAGUAUAAUCAAACCAGCACUUCUGAUGUUGAACUCUCAGGCUGUGGAUUUCUGCCUCUUCAAAUCAUGGGUCCUUUGAUUGUGCUUAUUGGAUUAAGUUUCUUCGUAAUAGCUCAUAUUAAAAAGAAAACCAAUUUAAAUCUCAGCCAAGAAUCCUCUGAAAAUGGAGAACAGCCUCAGAGUCCAGAAUCAUUUCAAGUUACAGCAGGUGAUGCUGUAAUGACAUUCCCACCCCUCCCACCACCUUAUUUUGCUGACUCUCUGUCACCACAUGUAACUCAUAAGCCACUUGCCACAGAGCUGCCUAUGAAUGAAAAUCCUCCCCCGUACGACAGUAUUGUAAAUAAUGGUGUGAAGAGCAAACCCAUGGACCUGGUACGGAUGUAGUCUCUUUACUUCACUUGUGUGCUAUUCAAUAAACUGGAAUUUCAAGGUCAUGUUCUGACUUCUCCUAUAUCACUGCAAACAAGAUGGUCAUAAAGAUCUUUCCAAGGGAAAGCUUUAAAAAGAAAUUAAACAUCUUCUUGCAAAGUAUCCUAAUUAAAACACACAAAAGUCUUGGCAAUCUUCAUGAUAGUUAAUAUGUCAUCUUCCUAUCUCUUAAACCCAAUAAUUUGCAAACCACCACUGCUGUUUUAAAGAUAUAUAUCUACUAUAAUUUAUGUCAACUUAGAUCACAAACCUUUUUUUUUUUUAAACAAUAUUUGGCAGCUUACUGACUCUGGAAACUAGACUGUUUUACAUUAGUCAGCAGUACAUUUAAAUCAUUUCUACAAAAUGAUUUACUGUGGUUUACAAAUUCUUAUAUGGCAUUUCCAGUUAAUGAUUAGGCAAAGUAAUAUAUCACCAAAAUGAUUGGGCACACAUGUAUUUUACUUACACGGUUCUAACUCUGUAUAUUUUGGAGGAUUUUUUAAAAAAUCAUCAUCAUUAUUAUUUUUCCAGUUGAAAAAACAAAGAUUUCAGAGGAAAGGGCAGAAGACCCAGUCUCUCCACUAUAUCUUUUCAGAGUAUUGCCUGACACACUAGGAUUUUCUUUUGUAUGACAUGCACUCCGUUAGUAAACUCUGUAGGAUGGCUAGAUCUGUAUAGACAAGCAUUGGCAGGGGUCAGGGGUACACAGUAUUUCUUCACUUUCCUAAGUUUGGGAUAUAUAAAAAAGCUUGUUGGAGAAGAUCAGUGCUUGCCCAUUUUUCAACUAACAGUGAAUGAUCUGCUGGUAAAGGAAGAACAUUCAGUGCUGGAUCCAAGGCUGAUGAUGUUGACUAUCCCUCCAGAAGAUGACAACUCCUUCUCACAGAUGUUUAUAUAUGCUCCUAAGUAAUUUGAUGUGCCACAUGUCAAAGGAAAUAAGAAGUGUCCUAACUCUACCCAAUUAAUGGGAUUUGGAAGUUUCCAAGUCUGAGCACCAAUGAAGAAGUGGUUUAUGGACAAGACAAGACUUCACUAUACAGUGGCGUAAAAUAAAUUGUUUAUUUUAUUGUGCUCACUGUGGGCCUGGGCCUGCAAACACUUAAGUAUAUAGGUAACUUUAGACAUGUGAAUAGCCCCCUAAAAAUCAAUGGGACUCCUCCCAUGUAUAAAGUUACUCAUGUGCAUAAUUAUUUGCAGGAUUGGGACCUGUGGCCCUCACCCUGUGGCUUGUUGCACACCAGCAGACUCCUGCAUCUAUGCAGAGCCCUAGUGAUUUAAUUGGGGCUCUGUAUGGAUCCAUCCAUGUUAUUCUCCUUGCAGAAGCUGGGCCAAUAUUUGUAAAAGUAGAAGUCCUGCCAGAUGUAGUGGGAAUAUGGAGGAUACUCUUGUGUAUUCAUUUCAGUAAAGAAAUACAACAGUAGUAAUAUUUUUCAGUAGUACAGCGCCUUUCCAUCUCCAAUCUCAAAUAACUGGUAACUCAGCAUCCUGUGAGGCAGGGAAUUUCUGUACAUGUAAUGUUAUUUGUAAAAUGCACUUUUCUCUUGCUCCAGGCACAUAGACAAUAUAAAAGCAGCUGCAAAAAAAUAUUAAUGGUUAAUUCUUCCUUACUCAACCAGGCUAUCAUACUCUUUAGUGUACCUACAUCCUCUUACCACCUAGGAGAGCAGACAGGCCUUGUAGAUUCCCCUAAAGGUUAACAGAUUUGGAAUCUGUCAGACCACAGGGGAAGUGAGUUCCACCAUCAAGUGUCUCUCAUUGAAAAUGCCAUCUCUCUCCCUUUAAAAACAGGGGGCUGUUAGCAUGUGCCUUGGCUGAGCUUAACUGCCAAGAUCUCACAUAAGGUGAGAGGUAGUUAUUAAGCCAAGAAGAUAUCAAACCAUUUACAGCUUUACAGGCCAAGACAAAUACUUUGAAUUACUCCUGGGAAUGAAUUGGAUCAGCUACUGCUCAUCACAGUGUGCAGGUGUGAUGGUUUUCCAGCGAGAAGCACAGCUAAGUUGGUGAUGUUUAGGUGUAGCCCCAUAAAGAGAGCACUGCAGUCAUCCACUGUUGAAGUGAACAAGGAAUGGAUAACUAUAGAGUUGUCUGCAUCUGUAAGAAAAGGUCACAACAUCUCAAGCAAGAUGGGUUAUCAAAGCCACAAAGGUUAUGUCACUUGCCCAAGCUCACACAGCAAGAGAAUGGCGGCGUCCUACUCACCUGCUCUAAUCAUUAGAUCCAUUGGCUCUCUGUUUCCAGAAAGAUGAGAUCCAACUAAAGUUUUUCACACUCCGCUACGGAGAACAGAAACCUGAAAGGGAGAAAGUUGCUAAGUAGUUCCCUAUCCAAGGGCCUGAGCCACAGACCUGGUAAAGACAAAGAUUCUGCUGAAGUUAAUGCAGUUUUUCCCAAGUAAAACUGAAGGAUUGGGCCCUAAACUAGGGCUGGAAUUCUGUUUUGCAAAAACAGAGGUUUUGAAAUUUGUUUUAAUUCCAGAGCAGAACAAAAAAAAAAAAGAGAGAGAGAGAGACCUUUUGAAAUUUUUAAUGAAAAAACACAGACAAAAGAGCAACCUCCAAUUAGUCAGUAGCUUGGUGGUUGGGGCACUGAGCUGGGCUGUAGUAAAUCCAGGUUCAAAUCCCUGCUCUGAAAGCCUUCUACAUCCCCAAUGUGUGCUCUAGGUUUUGGCUAUUCUGGGCUGGGUCUCUCUCCUGAAAUUUCAUUCUGAACCUGAGAAACCUUCCCAAGGAACGUUUAUCAAAACCAGUAAGUUUUCAUGAAAAAAAGUUUCAUUUGAUUUAUCAGCGUUUUCAGAUGAAAAAAAUUUUAGUCAAAAAAUUCCCAACCAGCUCUAUCCUAACCUAUAUUUGUUAAAUAGUAUUUAAUGGAGAAUUGUCUAAAAGCAAACACAUUUCAAUAACUGUGAGACAUUGAUCUCUUUUUGCUCUUUCCCUCCUUUAGAGUAACUUCCUUGACUCAACUAUUUAUGAUUCAUUUCAUGAAAGACUAGGUUUUCUCUGAGAGCACUAAAAAGGGCUGUAGCUAUUAAGUGGUUUUAGUGACUAGUACCAACAAGGAACUGUUUUCUUCCAUGCUGUAAAACAGACACUGUCAAUAGACUACAACCUGCAAUAAACUAUUUAAAAGGAA